AACGCCCUUAUCGUAAAAAUAAAAACGAAAACCCUUCCUUCUCAACAGAUACGCCAACAAGACGAAACCCUGAGUCCCUCACCAUUCCUAAACGCGACAAAACCUAAUCUUGCAACGAAACCCACAUUUCUGUCACUCUCUUAUCUUCAUCUAUCACUGUCGACGCUUCUUAACCUAUAGUUGACAACGUGAACUUUAUUAAGUCAAAAUUUCUACCAGGAAAUUGCUCUUGUAAUGGAUAUAAUCUCUCAGCUACAAGAACAAGUUAAUUCGAUUGCAAAUUUAGCUUUAAAUACCAUUGGGACAUUGCAAAGGGAUGCUCCUCCUAAUCGGCUCUCACCAAAUUACCCUGAACCACCUGCACAUCCCACGGAGGACGGGGCUAACUUUUCAGAAGAACCAAAGCUGAUGAGUGCUUCUUUGGUGAAGGCUGCUAAGCAGUUUGAUGUAUUGGUUGCAUCGCUUCCAAUAUCUGAGACAGGUGAAGAAGCACAGCUUAAGAGGAUUGCAGAACUACAAGCUGAAAAUGAUGCAGUAGGCCAAGAACUUCAGAAGCAGUUGGAAGCUGCAGAGAUGGAAUUAAAUCAAGUUCAAGAGUUGUAUAGGCAAGCAACAGAUAAUUGUUUGAACUUGAAGAAACCAGAUGUCAAUUAAUUACUUGUGCUGCUGGGUGAGUUCAGAGAAGAAUCAGUGACAUAAGUUUAUCUCAUCUCAAUUCAAAUCAGGCCUGCUGCUGGAAGAUUUUACUUUUUACCAUAAAGUCUUUAUUACAGUAAAUAGCUGUAUUCUUUGAUAGAUUGUAAAUUGGCCAUGUCGCAUGUCAUUUGUAGAAAAACUUACUAUGGUUGGGGUUUUAACUAUUUAUCUUAACAACAAUAUUCAGGAGGAUUUCACAAAACAGAAUAUUCUAGUUUGAUGGUUUUGUUUGGAUAUAAUGUGAAGGUAUGCGUUACAACAAAUAGUCCGACUAAAAGAGGUGGUGAGCAUGUCUUUGGUCGACAAGAUACUCAUCGUCUGGUUUUGUUAUGGCUGGCCUCCGGUUUUGCUAUGGCUAUCCUAUCACCUUUAACGCAAGGUGGUGAUCAAGAUGUUUUUACAUAGCAGUCAUCUAAACAAGAAAGAAAAAAAAAUCACUGUUUACUA